AUGAGCGUCCGUGUUAGCAGCGGCUUUCCCGCAACGCGUCUUUUUUGGUUGAUCCACGCAGCAGUUGCGCUCUGUCUCAUCAUUCGCGCGGAUACAUGCAGCUGCGUAUUUGUGGGUCGAGUUAAUGGGCGGAAUGCAGCCUUCGUGGCGCCGCAGCCGCGCCCGGCAACCCGGCGGAGCAUCCCGCUGAUGGGAGCGAUUGCUGGGAUACAGCCAAGUGGCGACCUCCAUAUCGGAAACUAUAUCGGUUGCAUCCACCCCGCCGUGCAGUACCAAAACGAUGGCGGGCAGCUUAUCUUCAUGAUCGCCGACCUGCAUGCUACGACAGGCGAUGAGCCUAUCGUCGAUUUGCGUGACCGCUCCCUCAGCACGGUGGCCACCCUGUUGGCCUGCGGUGUUGACCCAGAGAAGGCCAGCGUAAUCCUUCAGAGCCAAUUCCCCGAAAUUUUGGAGCUGAAUUGGAUUUUAGGCACUGCAGUUUCACUGGGACGUUUGAGGAAGCGUGCCAACUUCGCGAAACGCUUGGUGGCGCAGGAGUCUGAUUCCAUCGGGCAGUGUCUCUACCCCCUGCUGAUGGCCGCGGACGUGCUGUGCAGCGACAGCGACACCAUCAUAGCCGGGGAUGACCAGGCAUGCCACAUCGGUCUAAUCCGAGAAGUCGCGAACAAGCUGAAUCGGAGAAUAUCGCAGCCAGUUGUAAAGGUGCCCAGGCGGCACCGAAAUGGCGGAUUUAGGGUGCUUUCGCUGGACGGUGCCGACAAGAUGUCGAAGUCGAACAGCAAGGAGUCAUCGCGCAUACACCUGACUGAUGACGACGAGACUAUUUUAACGAAGCUGCGGGCAGCCAAGACCACUAGUGACAACGACCAAGCUGCUCCAGAGAUUACGAAUUUAAUCAAACUGCUACGUUUCUUCUCCGGGGAACCGGUAGAUGAAUCUGAUAGUGGAUACUCGGAGAUACAGUACAGCGAACUCAAGAGUCAGCUGCACGAGGCGAUCUCGUCGUACCUACAGCCCAUCCGAACCCGCUACCUUGAGCUCAUGCAGAACGAGGCUAUGCUGAAGGAGGUGCUGCAGUUGGGUAGACAUCGGCAGCAACCUGUGUUCUCGUCGGCGAUUGAGGUAAAGCACGUGGGUGCGGCAUUCACGAUUUUCAGCGCGUCAAGCGAGCUAGCAACUAUUAUGUCACGUAAAUUAAAUACAGUGUCACUUAUUCAUGAGCCUAGACAGUAG